AUGGCUGACACUAAGCGCCAAAGCACAGGCGCCAAAGCCCAGAAUCAACAGGCUACGGGCUCUGGUGCAGCCACUCCUCCGUCAGAGGAAACAUUAAGCAAAGCUAUCGGUGCACGCAUCCGCAUUACGACAGCAACUCCAAACACAUCCACCAUUGAAGGUACUUUAUUCACGGCCUGCCCAAUAACGAACCUCGUUGCUAUCAACACCUCAAACCAAGCAUCACCGAACCCCACAAGCUCAAUCCAGUCCGGCGAUUACCAUAUCAUACCCACAUCUCGCAUCCAAUCCUUCCAGGUCAUUUCCCCAGCUCCAGCUGUCGUUGAUGGAGCCCCGUCACUCCAAACUCUAGAGACUCGUGCAUUGAAAGCGCGGGAAGCCAAUGCCAUAUUUAAGUUACAAGAAGCUGAGGCUAGGCGUGGUAAAGGUGUGACGCGAGAGGCACAAGAUAUUUUUGAUGCUUUUAGCCGAACCAUGCCUGCAAGAUGGGACGCUACCAGUAUUGUCGUUGCGGAUGCUGUGGUUAUCGCCAAACCAUAUCGAGUGGAUGAUUGUCGGGCUUUGGUUGCGGGUGAUUCCGCCGCAUUGACUCGUGUCCGCAAAGUGUUGGAAAUGGAGCGCAAGAAGAUCGAACUUCGCAACGCAAGCGCUGCAAUCGGAAAUAGCAAUCAAUUCAUGCGACAGAAUAGAGACCGAGUUGUAGUGCCUAGUCGCUUUGAUAAUUCGCCCGCCCCUGCACCAAGGAAAGGUGGUUAG